AUGAAGCAGUCAUUUGGGCAGAUAAAGCUUUGCAAUUAAAUCCAAAACAUUGCAAUUCAUUAAGCACUAAAGGUAUGAUAAUAUUUAAAUAUAUUAGCGGAGAGUUUAAGAAGGCUUGGUUAAUAUAAUGAAGCAAUAAUUUGGGCAGAUAAAUCUUUAUAAGUAGAUCCAAAGGAUUUUUUUUCUUUACGCAUAAAAGGUAUGAUUAUAUAUAUUUGUUUUAAGGCGAUUCAUUAAGAUUAUUGA